AAUCAAAGUAAAAAAAAAAAGAGAAGAAAAGCUAAAAUCUAUGGCUGUUUUGCUAUGGUUAUUAAUAUUAUCUGCAUUUCAUGCGGUAGCACUAGCACAACAAAGGCAGUUCAAUAUAACUCUUGGCUCUUCUCUAACACCUACUACCAAUUCAUCAUGGUUUUCGCCGUCCAGGCGCUUUGCCUUUGGGUUUUAUGAACAAAACAAUGGCUAUGCUGUUGGAAUCUUAAUUGCCGGUAUGCCUAAGAAGACAGCAGUGUGGACAGCAAAUAGGAACAGUCCUGUUGUCCCGAGCAAUGCUGUCUUGCUCUUAACUAAUGAUGGAAGGCUCAUUGUACAAGUAGGAGACCAAGAAAUCACUGUCGUAAAUCUCUCUGGUCAAGUCAUUGCUUCAGCUUCCAUGCUGGAUACUGGCAACUUUGUGCUCUAUAAUUCUGAUCACAGUAUCAUAUGGCGAAGCUUUGACAAUCCAACAAACACCCUUUUACCAGGUCAGCAUAUAUCAGCUGGACAAGAGCUGUUCUCGAGUGCCUCGGAAGCAGAUGACUCAUUAGGGAUUUUCCGUCUCAAAAUGCAAGAUGAUGGGAACCUCGUUCAGUACCCUGUCAAUACACCAGAUAGUGCCCCAUAUUCUUACUACUCAACAGGCACUAAUGGAGUAGGGAAUAAUGUUACACUGAAUCUUGAUGAUGACGGCCUCCUCUACUUGCUCAAUUCCACUAAUAGUCUAAGAAAUCUAACCAGAGGAGGCUACCCUAGAGAAAGGACCAUUAUCUAUAUGCUGAAAAUUGAUGCUGAUGGUAUACUUAGAGUUUAUUCACAUUCUCUGAACCAACAGAACAGCUCCGUGAUAUGGUCAUCAACAGAUGAUAGGUGUAAUCCAAAAGGCCUUUGUGGGCUUAAUGGUUUUUGCACCAAUAUAGAUGAUCAAGCUAAAUGUUUGUGUCUUCCGGGAUUUGAUUUUGUAAUGCCAGGAAAUUGGAGCGCAGGCUGUGUAAGGAAUUUCACCGCAGAAACCUGUCUGUUAAAGGAGAGCACUUCCAAAUACUAUGCCAUGAGAACAGUUGAAAACACAGGAUGGGAAGAUAGCACUUAUGUUGUUUUGGCCGGAUCGACCAAGGAAGAUUGUGAACAAGCCUGUCUACAGGAUUGUAACUGUGAGGCUGCUCUGUUCAAAGACAGAGAGUGUAGAAAGCAAAGGCUGCCUCUGAGGUAUGGAAGGAGAGACUUGGGUAAUUCUAAUUUAGUAUUGGUCAAGGUGGGCACUAAUUUCAUACCCAACGAAGGGGUACCUUAUCAGACGAUUGAAGAAACAAAAGGCAAAAAGCUAAGGAUAGACAUCCUAAUUGCCGGCAUUACAUUGGCUGUUUUUGCUUUGUUGGUGUUAGGCAUCUCCGGAUUCCUCAUUCACAGAAAUCAUGUCUGGACUUACAGAAAAAUCCAGGAGAGUAGAAGUGUUCAGUUAUGUGAGGAUGUUGCUCCACGAGCAUUUUCCUAUGCAGAACUAGAGCAGGCAACCAGUGGUUUCAAAGAAGCGUUAGGGAGGGGAGCAUUUGGAACAGUAUUUAAAGGAAUUUUGGCAGAAGACCAGAAAGUGAUAGCUGUUAAGAGACUAGACAAAGAAUUAGUAGAAGGGGAAACAGAGUUCCAAACUGAAAUAAAAAUCAUUGGAAGGACACAUCACCGAAAUCUCGUCCGCCUCCUUGGUUAUUGCCUGGAGGGAUCAAUAAGGCUUCUGGUGUAUGAGUACAUGACCAAUGGGUCACUUGCGGACAUACUUUUUACAACAGAAAAACAGCCCACGUGGGAGGAAAGCUGUGGCAUCGCUCGAGAUAUUGCAAGGGGUCUCCUAUAUUUGCAUGACGAGUGUGACACACAAAUCAUCCAUUGUGAUAUAAAGCCUCAGAACAUACUCAUGGAUGAUCAAUACAGUGCAAAAAUAUCUGACUUUGGAAUGGCCAAGCUCUUAAAGAAAGACCAAACAAGAACCUACACAGGGAUAAGAGGGACCAGAGGCUAUGUUGCACCAGAAUGGCACCGGAAACUACCAGUGACAGUGAAAGCAGACGUUUACAGUUUUGGUGUCGUCCUAUUGGAAUUGAUCUGUAGGCGGAAGUGUGUUGAUAUGAGCCUUGAUGAAAAUGAGUCAAUUCUUGAAUACUGGGUCUACGAUUGCUUUGGUGCAGGAGAGCUAGAUAAACUAGUCGGGGACGAGGAGGUUGAUAGAAGACAAUUCGAGAGAAUGGUGAAAAUAAGCAUCUGGUGCAUUCAAGACGAACCAUCACUUCGCCCUUCAAUGAAGAAAGUUCUACUGAUGCUGGAAGGGACAGUAGAAAUUCCAGUGCCUCCUAGUCCUACUUCUUUUUUAAGUGCCAUAUAGUUUUGAACUUCUUCACUUUAUGGUUUUUGUACUUCAAGUUUCAAGUAUUCCAACUUCCCCAUAGAGAGCAGAGUACUUUAUCAUCCAUACUUGAGCUAAAUAAAAUAUAGUUCUAUCAAAUUUCUACAUCA